AUGUCAAACGCUGAACAUCCGUUGAUUCCAGUGCUCGAAAAACUCGUAGCUACUAGAGAUAACGCAACAUUUAAAGCUUUUGGACCAAGACCUCUCCUGUUGUUUGCUUAUGGAAACUUAAUACCAAUACAAAAUUAUAGAGAAUCAUCUGACAAGCCACUGUGCUAUCACUACUCAUUCGAAUCGUUGUGGUUUAAUCCUGACAUAGACUUAGAAAACGGUCUUGCUAUUGAAAAGGCUACUGAUCCAAAUCACAAAUUUGAGACUAUUUUCUGGCAUGAAUUAAGCAGGGAUAGCUGGUAG